AGAAAAAGGAAAAGGAAAGGGAAUAUUAAAAUUAACCAUGUUUGGAAGAUAGUGUAGACACAUCAAUUCGAUUCCUUUGAUUGUAACAUCACUUCUCACUCCGAUUCAUCUAUUGCAUAUAGACAGAGAUUUUGGAGAGAGAAUAGUGAUUAGUGAGAUCAAUGGCAUCAUUCGACGCGUUUAGCAUGGACGGAGAUGCCUCGGCGCGUGCAUUUGACGACGGUGGAUUCACCGGUUACGCCGCCUUCACCAUGCCUGAAACUCCGCCUUACUCGGCUUCCGGUGGCGAUGGAGUGUAUACUACGGAGUUCGAGGAGUCGGAAUAUGUGACAGUGGAUCACGUAUCGCACUCGGUGGAUAAUUCCGAUCCUUUCGGAUUCGGGUCGAGUCCUGAUUCGGUCCCGUUCUCGAAUGGCAACGGGAAGGCACCUUAUGAUAUUGGCCAAGAUUCGGAGGGAAUGUUUAGCUCUGACGGUCCGAUCCUUCCGCCUCCCACUGAGUUGCAACCUGAAGAAGGAUUCGCUCUUCGUGAAUGGCGGAGGCAAAAUGCUAUUCGCCUUGAAGAGAAGGAGAAGAGGGAAAAAGAGCUUCGAGCCCAAAUUAUACAAGAAGGUGAAGAGUAUAAACAAGCUUUCUAUGAGAAAAGAAAGCUUAACGUAGAGACCAACAAGACCACCAACAGAGAGAAAGAGAAGUUGUAUUUGGCCAAUCAAGAAAAGUUCCACAAAGAAGCUGAAAAACAAUACUGGAAAGCUAUCGCGGAGCUCGUUCCUAAUGAGGUACCCAAUAUUGAGAAGAAGGGAAGGAAGAAGGAUCAAGAGAAGAAGCCAUCAAUAACUGUCAUUCAAGGGCCCAAACCCGGAAAACCUACUGAUCUUUCAAGAAUGCGCCAUCUAUUGGUGAAGCUGAAGCAUAACCCUCCAUCUCACAUGUUACCGCCCCCGCCACCUCCAGCCAAGGAUGGGAAAGUCGACAAAGAUGGAAAAAAUGUCAAAAACGAGAAAGAUGUGGUGAGUAGUGCAACUGGAUCAGUGGCUAAAGAGGCACCCAAUGCACCUGCAAAGGAUGCGACUUCUAAUGGUUCUUCACUCGCAACUGAAGAACCCGUUGCUCCAGCCAAAAGCCAGCCUGCUAGCUGAUUUCAUUAAUUAGAUUGUUUCCUUCAGAGUCUUCCCUACGAAAAGGUUCUCUUUAUCUCCAUGAUUCUAAAUAUCUUAUUUCAUUCAUGCCAGUUUGCUAAACCAGUGUUUAUGGAAGAUAGAGAGUAUUGUUGAAGACAUAUUCUUACAUUUUUGAGCUUUUAUCAAUUGAGAUUUGUGGUGUUGUGUACUGAAUUGUUCGAAGAAUAUUAUACAUGGUUUGAUACGGUAAUCUUCGUUUC